GGAAAGAGAAUAACCCAAUAUGAGCAUGCUGACACUCGAGUUUCUCUUAGGCUACUAUCUUGCCAAGGUCCUCACAACGGUGCGUGUCACUGAUAAGAGGACUCAGAAUAUAAUUAACUUGGCCUUGUCGUGCUGGUUCUGACUCUGUGCCAACGGAAGCGCCUUCGUGACCUCUUUCCUGCCCCGCCGUACACAAUUCCUGAGUGCCUUUAUCGGAAUGACUAUCUGCUUCUCGGUCUGGACCGGUGUCAGCGCCGGGUAUGCUCAACAUGCAUCGCACGCGGCAGCAACGGCCGUCGUUGCCAUGAUCUUUCUCUACAACGCAACCUACGCAUUCAUGCAGCCAUUAACCUACACCUACGUUACCGAAGUAUUUCCCUUUGUGCACCGCGCCAAGGGCAUUGCAGUCCUGCAGUUCUCCACUCGAGGAAGCACUGCGUUUAAUUCUUUCGUCAACCCCAUCGGUAUAGAUGACCUUAGAUGGAAGUUCUAUCUUGUCUAUGUGGCCUGGCUGAUUGUUGAGGCGACUGUUAUCUUCUUCUUAUAUCCCGAGACCAAGGGGCCGACUCUUGAGCAGAUUGCACACAAGUUUUCGAUGGUCCUAAGAUAGGGGUUCUUGAUAAGGCCGGAUUGGACGAGGAACCGGAUGUUGGCCACAUUGAUGUAAGGUAGCAAUUCUAAUGGCUUGGAUUGAAUAAUUCCGAAAAUGCCG